AUCCAUUUGUCGGUUUAUGGUCCCUGUUAAAUUGGAAACAGAAACUAAAGGCAUUUGAGAAAGACAAGGAAUAGGAACUCAUUCUCCCAAGGCUGCAUGCACUCUAAGAUGAAUUUAGAUGGAUUAAAGAUUAUCAUUGAAUUGCAGUAACACGGUUUUAGGGCGGGAAAUAAAACGAUGAGAGCGUUAAGAGCAGUGCUUCAGCUUCAUACUUUUACAACUCGGGUUUCGCUAUCAUCUUCUCUCUUUCUUCGCGGGAAUUAUACUACUUCGCUGCUCAAGAGCUUAUCGUUGGAUACAAAUAGAACCUUCGCUGAUAAGUGUCGAGUGAGAAAAAUAUGGACUUCCACUCCUCUUUGUAUGGGAAGGCGUUCCAGCAAAAUUGCUGGGAGAAAGGAAGCCCAAGAUGCAAAGAAGGCAAAACUAUACUCAAGGAUUGGAAAGGAAGUUGUGUCUGCAAACUUAAUGUGCAUGACAUUCAUCAUGCUGAAUGGCAGUGUAAAGAAAGGUGGUCCAAAUAUUACAUCCAAUUCAGUUUUGGCUGCUGUACUUGAGAAAGCCAAGGAGCUUGAUGUGCCUAAAGAUAUUGUUGAGCGCAACAUCAAGAGAGCUUCUGAAAAAGGACAAGAGGCUUACAUCGAGAAAAUCUAUGAGGUUUAUGGUUAUGGUGGAGUUAGUAUGGUGGUUGAGGUAUCGACUGAUAAGGUACAUCGUUCUGUGGCAAAGAUUAGAGAAGUGUUAAAAGACUAUGGUGGAAAGAUGGCGGAUUCUGGAUCUGUAACGUUUAAGUUUAGACGUGUUCGGGUAGUAAAUGUUAAAGUCACCAAUGCUGACAAAGAUCAGCUGCUUACCAUUGCUUUAGAUGCUGGAGCUGAGGAUGUAAUUGAACCUCCAACUUAUGAAGAUGACACUGAAGAGGAUAGGUCAGAAAGGUAUUAUAAAAUUGUAGGUUCUUCAGAUAACUAUUCAUCUAUACUAUCUAAGCUGCGGGAGGAGGGCAUAGAUUUUGAGCCUGACAAUGGUUCUGAGCUUCUUCCAACUACCACUGUUCAGGUAGACGAUGAGGCUAUGGACUUGAACAAGGAACUCAUGAGCAAAUUACUUGAGCUUGACGAUGUUGAUGCUGUUUAUAUUGAUCAGAAAUAGUCAUCUAUAUAUCUUUAAAUGCUAUUCAGCGGACAACUCAAGGUUAUUCUUCGACACUGGGAGUUUACAUCACAUUAUGUACCUGAUCUAUUUGCAAAAUUCAUAGGGGGUUCAAAAAAUAAUUGGGGAUUCCUCAGCUGAGAAAGUUUGUAGAUCUGACACAUGCACGGUCGUGUCUGAUUUUUUAUUUUAUUUUUUGGUGAGGGUGGCCAGAGGCAUCUUUCUGGGAGGUCGUCUUACAAGACAAACAGACAAAGUCCAAUAAUAAUAAGUUUUGUUAAGAUGCGUCUUUUAUACGAAAGCAACCUAGGAAGGCAAUAACCAUUACAAGUCAGACCAUGCAGAAGAGUUGGUUUCUAGUUAUAAAUAUGGCGCAUUCUGGAUGUUUCUUUGAAAUGACAAAACUGUCCAAUUGCUAAAACCAAAUUGGUUUGUCUUGAAUCUGGGUAUCAAGUUUCGUGAGAUGCCUUAUCCGAGUAGUCCAGAAAACUCUUAUGUUCCAAACAUCAUUCCCUGGCUGAUUUAUGUUCUUACUAAUAAAACAUGGUCAGGUGAUGGCGCAGCACUUAAUGUUUUAACAAUAUACUUUUGGAUUAUGUGUAAAACGAUCUUAUUUUGAAUAAGGAUGGUAGUCAUAGAU